UAAUGACUUUCUCUCUCUCUCUCUCUCUCUCUCUCUCUCAAAGACUGAACCCCGCCGGGAAAGAAAAACACUCGCCGGGGAAAAUGCAUCAUGUCGCCGCACACUCGAAGCUGUGCCGUCUAAUCGACGAGUCUCUCCGUCCUUUCGCCUAUUUGCAGGAGGAGGAAUUGGCCAAAGAGAUCGAGAAAGACCUUCUCAUCGUUCUUUCUCAGUUCUUUCGGCAAAUCCAGCAGUGGAUACAUGAACUUGAUGAGGAUUCCAACGACAAUGUUGUGGUGGUGAACGUAGCAGCUUCUGACCACGAAACUUCACUUCGUCACGAUCAUGACUGCUUGCCUAAGCUCAUUGGUGACUUGAUACUUUUCCUAUCUUUUGAGAGUCAAUUUGUUCAACAUUUGGCCGGAAACAUUCUUGUAGCCAUCUUUGACUACAUGGUGGCAUCUGGAGGCAAUUGGGGUGAAUUUAUGCGAUCCUUGUGCGUUUGCUUGGAGUUGGCAAUUUCUAAUGCUCUUUUGCAUUCUUUGGAGCAUCCAACUACUAAAGCCCUGGUUUCAAAUCGCGAUUCAUCAAGUGCCAUUAUUUCCUUGACGUCAAAACUUACAAAAGCUAAUUGGUCUUCAGUGGCUUGUGUUGGUCGGGUUUUACGCAAUAUGUUGAAACAUUUGAAGGAGGACCUUGAUGACCAGCUUCUUGAAGUGUACUUGAAUUCAAUCAGUUCUUGUCUUCCAAAUUUGCCUUGGAAGUCAUUGGAUCAGCUUCACAAUGAUCAGAAUUGUGAGGCUGUUAAAAUAUCUAAUGGGAAUUUUUACUCUAGAGUUGGGCAACUAGAUUCAACACUCCUGUUUCGUGGUACUCUUGUUCAGAUUUUCUGUUCCUUGGUUAAUUCACGUGUGUGGAUGGAAGCUGUUGGUGUGACCUUAAAUACGCAUCCUAUUAUUUGUGAAAUCAGCAACCUCAUUCCCAGACUUUUAGCCUGGUGUCUUGGUCAUGGAGAUCGAAACAAUAUGGGCAUGUCUGAGUACUUUAGACACAAGAUGUUGGUGUUAAUGAUCAGGCUUAGUUUCCAGCUCCAUUUGGAGUAUUCUCUUCUUGUUUCGUGGUUGCACCUUAUCCACAAGUACUUCAAUGAUCUUUUAGUGCUACAAAUGACUCAGCUGGCGUCUGAUCAAGACAGUCUAGAAGGCUCCCCAUUUUUAUCAAGUGUUUCUCAUGCCGGAAUGUGUAGUAGGACACCCAGCCAUUUACAAAGGCUAGCUCUUUUCCUUUUCCUGAGGUGUUCGCUCUGUUUGGUCAGCAUGAGAGACAAAAGUGCUGAAGAGUGUCAUUGUGCACAUAUGAAGCUCUGCAUGGUUUCUGACCUCGAGUGUUGCAGUAGAAAGACAGGCUUAUCUGAGCUUUAUUGGUGGCUUCAAGGGCACCUUCCGGCCGAAAUGUUUGUAGUGUGUGAAUCCUAUUAUAGUAGAUGCACUAACUUUUCCUUAUCCUUCCUCAGGCUAUUCAUUCACGAGGAUGAUAUCCUAUUUGAAGUGCUCUUGCAACUGUUUUGUGUGCCUCUCUUCGCCAAGCAACGAAUCUGCCAAGACAGGUGUGCUUUUGAGGAGAUGAAAGAUGACAUGCUUUUCCAUGUCUCGAACCUUUUCAACCCCAUACAUCUAUUCCAUCUGUUUCUUGCAGAGUUACACUAUGAUCAUGAAGUGCUUCUUGAUUACCUUAUUUCAAAAGAUACAGGAGCCAAUUCUGCUGAAUAUCUUUUGAGGUCCUUGCGUGGUGUGUGUGACUCGUGGUAUGUUUUUGUGGAAUUUUCUACGGAAGAGGGAAUCGUUAACAUGACAGAUGUAUAUAAGUUAUCUGCCAAGAAAAGAAAAGUUGUUGCAGAUGAAUCAGAGAUUCUGGGACAUCUACCCUCUUCAUCAGUCAAAAGCAAUGGGAUUCUUUCUCCUGGAAAGGAACGGCUGAAGGAUCUUAUGAAUGGUAGCAAGCACUAUAGAACAAAGAAGCUACCAUUUGAGAAUGCCAAGGAUUGUUUGCUUUCAUUGAAAAAAUCUGUGCAGAGUCUCCAUAAAAAACAUCUGUUCCCAUAUAAUCCAGAGGUGCUUCUGCAAAGGUUAAUGAGAUUUCAGGAGCUGUGUCGAGGUGUGGAGUAACUUUCAAUUUGGAGAAGAUAAUACCUUGAGACCCGUCACUUCUUGCCAAUACACAGUUUCUCUUGGUGAUAGCUCCUCUGAAUUAUGACCGGCCUUUUGACAAAGAAGUUAUUUCUUAUGGCGCCUUGGAAUUCAUAUGGAGCUGUGGUUUCCAGAAAUUAAAUGGAUUUGCUUGUUUUAUGGUCAGCUGACGUACAAUUCAUCAUGGAGCUAAUGUUCUUCCCCCAAGUUCUUUUAAUGCAAGUUAUAUCAGCUGAUUGCGCUCUCUCCGCCCAAAGUACUGCCAAAAAAUCAAAGACGAUGCAUAUGGAGUGGUGCCGGAACACAUAUUGAUUGGUUAUAUAUCCACCAACUGGUAUAAUAAGAGAAUUGCUCAACUUAAGACGUGGCUUGCUCUUUGGCCAAUACUUCCGAAAAUGCCCCCUGAUUGGUGGAGGCUGUGAUUUGAGUUUAGGGAUAUUUGUCAUUUUGUCAGUUUUGGCGUGGUCCAGAGGCACCAUUCAUGUUAUUUUCAAAUUACUUUAACGGGUUUUCGGACUUUUGAUGUUUUCCUUAUGUGUCCUCUUUUUUACUCACUAUUUUGUCCUUUUAUGCUCCUUUAUUAGAGGACUAUUUGGUAAAAUCGUCUGCCCAUAUCAUUGUUCAUUAAUGACUCUCUGGUACUUUCCUACCUACUCUAUGUACUACUUUCCUUACUCAAGAAGCAAACACCACUUUUGUGAGAGAGAAAGAGAGAGCGGAUUGUGGUGAGCUCACGCAAAGAGGGACAAUGGUGUUCUACUUCAAAGUCCGACCCGAGGCUGGCGACUACACCAUCUUCAUGGGCCUCAACAAGUUCAAGAAUGAGGAGCUCAUCAAAUACGGUUUCCUCAAAGACAUCCGGUAUACAUAUAAAUGUAUAUAUUUAUCUCUCUACACUUGUGUAUUUUUAAUUUAAUACCUGAAUUGAUUGGUUAUUAGUUGUCAAAUUGAGCAUAUGUCGAAUCUUGGGAAGGUGAAUCUUGGUACUAGACUCUAUAAAGGAUUGAUUUAGGGCUA